AUGUCGAAACUUGCCAGUCCAGCCAGCAUCUGUCUCAACGAUCCUUCCAGUCAAACACAAAACGAUCAACGCCAAUUCAUUGAGAACGCAGCUGAAGACUGUCUGGAUGUGCAGAUAGAGCUGUUUGAUCAUGUGGAGAAGCACUUAAAAAGAUUAUAUGGUAGACCAUGGGCUAGCUUACCUGAUGAGAUCCAAAAUGUCUUGAGUACCAAGAUUGUUUCGCCAAAACAUCGCUUUGUCGUUGACAAGUCUCGAAUCGAGGGUUUCCAUGAAGCCCCAGGUCCCUCUCUUCACUCCGCCCAAUUCUUUCUUUACCCAAGGAGCCUAACAGACACCAGCAAGCAACAGACAGUACCAUUUAUAACUGCCAGUUGCUCAUUAUUUCAGGCUUCGAAUAAAAUGGUUUCCUUGCUGACAACCAACCAAAGCUCUACCAAGGGCAAGGCUUCAAGCUUCCUGUCGUCUGAUGCUGCCAAUAACACGCCCUGCAUUGAUCGGGAACUAGCUCUCCGUCUUCAAGCCAAUGAAUAUGCGCAAGCCCCAGCCGAUGUGUUACCAUCAAACAUCGCACGCCGAAGCACUCGUCUUGCCAAUACUACUUCCGACAAAGCAACUGCCAAGAGAAAGGCAGUCGUCCCUCCUUCCCCAGGCCUCCCUGAGAUAUCCAAGAAGCUGCGCUUAAGUCAAGCAGAGUCUGAUGAUGGGUCCGUUUACGAUGCCAUUGACGAUGAACCAGCGGUCCUCGAUGAUACUGAGCUACUGGACCCCGUCGAUGAUGAAUAA